CAAACCAAUAUACAAUGACAAGGUUCAGAACAAGAAGACCAAAGCAAUACACAAGAACAUAGAAGUACUCAUUGAUUAAGGUACAAGAAUCUUAAUUACCAUCACUACAAUUCUUAUUAUCCAAAUGUUGCACUCUCACUUACACAACCAUCACAAAUUUCUCUUACCAAAUCUCCCUGUUUCUCUUACCACACACCAUUUUUCUUCACCAUCUCCUCUUCUUCUUAAUUUUCUCCAUAAUAAAAGCACAUUAAUUAACCCUAAUCCUCCUCAAGCAUCAUUUUCACCACCGUGGCUAACCAAACUCACAACUGCAACAGCUGAAUUAGGCGAUGCUAUAAAUGACUCUUCUUCAAUUCAAGUAACUUUUAGUGUUCUUCUCACCGCAGCUAUCACUGUCUUCUUCUUUCCUAUUCUCCAGCGCCGGAUCAAAAGAGCCAAACAAUUGAAAUUUAGGUCUUCUGGAGUGAAGAAGUCAUCAUUGGAUAGCUCAAAAGUACUUAUGGGAUCAACUUCCAUUAAAGCUAAGAAGAAGAAUCCACCUUCCCCUGAUCAAGCAUUGUUAGGAGCAAUUAUAGCUGGUGUUAUUUCUCUUAUUCUCUAUAGGUUCACAACAACUAUAGAAGCUUCUCUGUUUCGCCAAUCAGUUUCAGAUAAUUUCUCGGUUCGACAGAUAACAAUCACCAUAAGGACAGUAAUAAAUGGGCUGUGUUACCUUGCAACAUUUGUGUAUGGCAUAAACUCUUUUGGUUUAUUGCUUUAUUCUGGUCAACUAGCCAUCAACACCUAUGUGGAAGAGUCAAGUGAAAAGAAAAUUACUGAAAGCAAAAUCAUGGAGUUAUCAAAUUCAUCGGAUGAGAAUCUUACAAAUAGCAACACCAAUGAAGAUCAAAGUUCAAAUAAUUCACAAUAAUGAAAGAUCAAUUAAUUAAUACUAAAGAUAUAAAGUGGAAUAAUUUAAUAUGUCACACCUCCUCUCAUCUCUACUUGUUGGUAUGUAUAUGUUAUGAUGUCUUUAUAGAUGUGCAUAAUGUUUGUAAAUAAAUACAAUAGUACAAAACACUGCAAUAGAUUGGAGAGUUUCAAUUGUAAUCAGUAAUGAGUGUGAAAUCAGCAGCAUGAAUGAUAAUCUUACUAAGUUGGUUGUUAAAGAUGGGAACGAGGAGGGGGUUCUAGAUAUUGUACGCUAACAAAGGAUGAGUUUAAAACAUGGUGUAACCCUUGGAAGAAUACUCUCCUCUCCUGGUUCAUCUACUAGGAAAGAAAGUUAAUUCAAAAUUCCUUGAAUAUCUUUUAAAGAAA